AUGUCGGGCGGUGCACACUACGCAAACAACUGUGCCUUAGUAACAAACUCGUCGGAUUUCAGUGAGCUAGUUGGCAUGUUCAGGGCCUACGUAUCACCGGUCAUUGCCAUUGCUGGUAUAACUGGAAACCUCCUAAUAAUCGCCACUUUUGCCCGGGAGCAGCCGAGAACACGAUUUUCAGUCUUUGCUAUUAGUCUCGCCAUUGCCCACACCGUCUCCCUAAUUGUCAACACAAUCAUCGAUGACUUCUUUGGGAGAGGCCUUGCCUACGCAACAGAUGGAAGGUUCUUCCUCAAAUUCGACGCCACCUCGGAGGCAGCCUGCAAGCUGCUAGAAUUCCUUCCCCGCAUGAUGUACUUCGUGGCGUCGUACUUGGUUGUUGUGUUUUCAAUUGACCGGACUCUAGCCGUCUACAAUCCGAUCAAGUACCAUGCUUGCCGCUACCAACGACAAGCGAUUAUCGCGUGUCUUGUAGUCGUAUUCAUCGGCGCAAUCGGGAACACACCGACGCUAGUCGUGCAGACCCUGGAGAGGCAGGAGGGCGGAUGCACAGCUUGUCGCAUGGUCCACAACGAAACCAUCCUGAAGGACUUCUUCAUCGUCUCCACAACACUAGUCACCUUCUUCAUUCCAGUUAUAGCUGUUUUCGCCCUCAACGUGGUCAUUGUCCUGCGACUCUGGCGGGCCCAUCAGUGGCGGCAGACGGCGGGAGUGAGUGGAGGCGCGCAAGAGGUUGGACGCAUCACCGGCCACCUCGCGAUGACCACCUGUUUCCUUCUGUUGUACAUCCCACUGGGAUUUGUCGUGCUCGUGAGGCUGCACUACACCCUGCAUCACAGCGAAGACUACACACCACGCGCCACACAGGUAAUCAACCUGAGCAAGUUCUUCUCGUCCUUAAAAGACAUAGCCUACGCAGUGAACUGCUUCAUUUACGCUGCCUUCUUGGGCAAUUUCCGGGCGCGGUUGGUGCGUUUGUGUAAAGGCUAG